AUGGCUGAUGAUGAAGAAGCCCGAUUUCAGGCAGACCUACGAAAAGCAAUCGCACUGAGCCUUGAAACAGAGGAGAAGGAGCGGCACAAUAAAGGAAAGAGUGUGGAAACCCCAAAUACUCUCGGUGCCAUACCGAGGAGGAGUUCGUACGCUCAUCAAGACGAAGCCGAGGGAGUGAUCGUCAAGUUACGACCCAAAGAUUGUCAGAGGUCAGUUUCAGAUGGAGACAAGCCUGUUGUCCCUCCAGUCUUAGCUCCACCGCCGCAACAAAAUAAACGAAGGAAUCAGCAACAAAAGGACAUAGAUCUGAUAUCAUUCUCUGCUUUCGAUUCCAUCGAUAUCCCCGAGUCUGAGAUCCCAAACCCAAAGCCAUCCCAUCUAUCAUUGCAGCUUCCAACAGGUUUACCAUCCCAAUGCUUCUCUGAUGGUGGCCAGGCACUCUCUGCAUCUCCUGUUGUUUCUGGUUACCAGUUUUUUCCCCAGAAACCCCUGGGCUCACCUGCUGUGACUCAUCAACCAAUUGUGUCCCCAAUGCCCCCUUGCCUAUCUGGUGCCGAUAAAUAUGCACCCCUUUGCCUUCAAUCACAAUUCUUUCCUCAACGGCAAGCCAUCACCAAUUCGGGGCAUUGGGAUGUAUUCAAAGUAAUAGGAAAGCAGUCCAACGAAAAUUUGAUCGAUCUAGCACCUGAUAACAUUCAUCAGAUUCAGAAACUAGAAGACAGCUGCAGGAAGAGUGUCUUGGAAGCCUUUGAUCCAUUGAUUGAGGUUAAGGAAGUUCAAAAUGAGCCAUCUUCCUCAAAUCCAGGAGUUGCUGCAACUUCAUCCAUGGUAAAUGGUGAAAUGGACAAAGUGAAUGAUAGAAGCAGCAGCUUCUAUGAAGCUUUUGAUCCAUUUGAAUACAUGUACUCCAGCUCACGCAAAGGAUCCAUCCGUGACUCGACAGAUGGGAGGAACAGCGACAUGUCCUACAGCAAGGUUGCACUUGUAGAAACUGAUAAUGGAGAGGAAGAGGGAGCUACUGCCAAAAUCCCUCCAAGACCCCCAAAGCCAACAGGCAGGUCAUCUCCAGUAGCCAAGUAUGCUCAGGUUACAAAAAGGAAUAGGGUGUCAGAAGUGCCUGAAAGAGUCGUUGAUGCCAUUACUCGAAAGAGUGUAUCCAUGACAAAAGUGAUCAAAGAAAGGCCCCUCGGUGUGACUGUUGUCCGUAGGGAAGAUUUCACUUGUGACUCUGAGAUUAAAAUGUUUAUGCAGUCGUUGAUGACAUUGCGCAGUGAGUUUAUUUACAGUGAUCACUUCACCAAUCCUGGACUGAUAGUUAGCCCGAUGAUUGAAGGACAACUGCAGGAUGCCGACAUGAAAGUUACAGUUCACUGCAAUGCUGAUGAAGAUCAUCCAGUGAGUUUCAAAGUUAAUCCCAGUACAACUGUUGAACAAAUCAUUAUGCAAGUAUACUGUGAACUGAAGCUGCCUGGUGAGCCUGGUGAUUAUGUUCUGAAAGUCUUUGGACAUCCUGAGUAUCUUGCACCUGAGUCGCUCAUUUGUGAGUAUGAAUAUGUCCAUGAGUGCUUGAAAUUUGAUCGUGACAUCAAGUUGCGUUUGGUGCAUUCUGACACGGUCAAGACACCAUUUGCUCGUGUGCAAGAAGAUGAUGAACGGGCUGCAGAAAUCCAUGUAGCAGAUAUCCUUCCAUAUGGAUAUGGGGAGGGCAUUAGUUACCAAUCACUCUCAAUCAUACUAGAAACAUAUGAGUUGGAGAUGACUAGGUUCAAAUCAGCACUUGAUGCUGGAGAAGCACAUGCAAAAUUUGAGCCUUUGGUCCAAGCAGUCAAAGCACUCUGUGCUCUUUUGGGACAGAUAGAAACUCUGGAAGUGAGCAAUGCAAUCCACAUGCUCAUGAAUGCAUGUGGUCGGGGGGAGGAUUCUUCAUUCCCUCAUAUCUUGGAGGACAAGGGUGAUUUUUGUGUUGUGAAGUUCCCUGUUUCUGAUCGUAGUCCACGCAGUUCUAUUGACACCGCCUUCAUUGCUCUCAAUCACUUACAUUCUGCCAUCAGGAAUCUGCUUGAGCUUUACAUGAGGUGUCACAGAGUGGACUUCGACCUCCCAACAAGUCCCAGUGUCAACCAGAAUCUCAAGGACAUGUGCGAGCUGGUCGACACCAUGCUCGUUCAUGUGUGUACCAUCCAUAAGAUCAAUCCCUGUUGGCACUUUCGUGAGUAUAAAGUGGCUUGUGAAAUCUUCCAUGGGACAACACCAAUAGUCCUACCCUCUCAGACACAACAUGUCACACCCAGCAAGAGCCUUUAUGAGCGAUUGGUCUUUGAUGAAUGGUUGGUGUUUGACCUGGUCCUGUGCACUUUACCGAGAGAGUCUCGGCUUGUCUUCACCCUUCUGGGAUAUUCAGAUGAACAAGAGGGAGGCACACCCGGUUCUGUGGAGAUCGCCUGGUGUGCCAUUCAGAUGUUUAAUCAAAGUGGAAGAAUGCGGGAAGGUAGCUUCAUGCUGCCUUUGUGGCAGCUGGAAGCCGACAAGCGACUUGGGCCAGCUCCCUCCCUCUAUACUCGGCAGUCAGGUGACCAGAGCACCUUCAUGAUCAUUGAGAUCCCUGAUGUUGGAGGGAAAGUGUAUUUCCCUAAACCCCUCAAGGUGAAUGCACAGGAACGAAAGCGAGAAUUCUCCACUCUUGAUUCCAACACUCAGGAAUUUCUCAUGGAUUUAGUGGAGAAAGAUAUCUUUGUGAAGCAUCCCAUAGAGCAUCAGGAGAUUUUGUGGGAAAGGCGCCACUUCCUUUAUCGAUUCCCCAAAGCCUUGCCCAAAGUACUUUUGGCUGCACACAGUUGGGAUUGGGCUUCCCUCGCUGAUCUGCAUGCUCUAGUCAAGGAGUGGACACCUAUGGAGCCAGUUGAAGCUCUCAAGCUCCUCCUGCCUUGCUUUCCUGAUCAGGUGGUUCGUGAGACAGCUGUUCGUUGGAUUCAAGAUAUUGGAAGUGAUGAAUUGUGUGAAUAUCUUCCUCAACUAGUCCAGGCCCUGAAACAUGAGACAUAUUUGUUGAAUCCCUUGUCUUCAUUUCUCAUGGAACGAGCUCUGAUGUCGCCAACACUUGCUCACCGUCUCUAUUGGCUUCUAAUGACUUCCCAUCCUCAGGGUGAAUGCGAGACUCCACUUGACACUCGCUUUUAUCCACACCUGAAGUUGAUGGCAAACACCCUUGCUCAUCUGUGUGGGGAGUCACUGAGUCAGCUCUUCAGCAAGCAAGAACGGCUAGUUCAACACCUGAAUGAAGCUGCUGCCCAUCUCAAAGCCAGCAAGGAUUCCUUGAGGUUAUCUGUUCUUGCACGAGAAAUGGAAGGCCUUCAUCAUUGGCUUUCAAAUUCUCCUACAUCUCUUCCUCUUCGGCUGAGUCAUAUUGCCCGAGGGGUGGACGUAAAACACUGUUCAUACUUCCCAUCAUUCACACUGCCCUUAAAGGUGAUAUUCCAAGGAGAAGACUCUAUAGACCGUGCUCUCCAUCACACCAUCUACAAGGUGGGAGAUGACCUGCGCCAGGACAUCCUCACCAUGCAGAUUGUGCGCAUCAUGGAUAGACUUUGGCUUCGGAACGGCCUGGACUUGAAGAUCGUCCAUUUUCAGUGUGUUGCCACUGGGGAUAGGUCCGGGUUCGUGGAGAUGGUCACAGAUGCAGAGACGCUUCGCAAGAUCCAAGCUGAGCAUGGUCUCACUGGAGCCUUCAAGGACCGACCGAUCGCCGAAUGGCUCGGCAAACACAAUCCAUCGCCUCUGGAAUACGAGCAUGCGGUGGAGAACUUCACAGCAUCGUGUGCUGGCUACAGUGUUGCAACCUACGUGUUGGGAAUCUGUGAUCGACACAAUGACAACAUCAUGCUCAAAACUUCUGGACACCUCUUCCACAUUGACUUUGGGAAGUUUCUUGGAGAUGCUCAAAUGUUUGGGAAUAUUAAACGGGACCGUGUCCCUUUUGUCUUGACCUCUGACAUGGUCUAUGUGAUCAAUGGCACUGACAAACCCACCGACAAGUUCCAGAAAUUUGUUGACUAUUGCUGUGAUGCGUAUAACAUCCUCCGUGCCCAUGCAGACGUUUUCCAGAACCUUUUUGCCCUGAUGGCAUCAUCUGGCAUCCCUGGAGUCACCAUGGAUGCAGUGAAGUAUGUGCAAAAGAUGCUCGCUCCAGAGAAGUCAAAUGCCGACGCAGCCAACAUGUUCACCCGCAUGAUUGAGGACUCUGUCAAGUCCUGGUUCACCCAGGUUAACUUCUUCCUGCACAGCCUGGCGCAGCUGCGAUUCUCAGAUACGCAAGAUGACCGAUUGACCCUCAGUUUCAUCCCACAAACUUACACUAAGGAAACAGAUGGUAGAAUUCUAUCGGCUACAAUCUAUGGAUACCAGAAACACUACACUGGGGGAAAGCAAUAUGUAUACAUCGUGAGAAUAGCACGGGAAAACACUCCAGAACCAACGUACUUAUUCCGUUCCUACAAAGAGUUCGUGGAGCUCUAUGCAAAAUUGUGUGACAUGUUCCCAUGUCUGAAGCUGGAAUCUCCCCGAGACCUGACCCUGGGUCGUUCGUCAGUGAAGGAGGUGGCUGAGCGACGCAAGUACCUCCUGCAGAGGUUCCUCACCUCUCUCUUCUCGCUGGCAGAGGAAGUGUGCCACUGUGAUCUCGUCUACACGUUCUUCCACCCUCUGUUGCGGGACCAGAAGGAUGCAAACAUCCACAAGGAAAAACUGAAGGAGACUAAGACCCAUGUUAGGCGGUCAAGCGUUGGCCACAUCAGGGGUGAGCUCAAACUGUCCAUCGUAUACCGUCGGGAUGAACUCGUGGUCAUGGUCCAUCAUGCUAGGAACCUCGCUCUUCCAAACGGAAUGGAACCUUCCACCUACGUCAAAGUCUAUCUCUUGCCCGAUCACAAGAAGUUGACCAAACGGAAGACACGCAUCGCGCGGCGAAACCGGAACCCCACGUUCAAGGAACCCCUCGUGUAUCGCAUGCCUCUGGAUACGGUUCGAUACCGCACCCUUCAGGCUUCCGUCUAUCACUACGACAGCCUGCAGGAAAACGAGUUCCUGGGCGCUGUGAACAUACCGUUAUCAAGCUGCAAUUUGAGCGAGGAAACCACCAGAUGGUUUCCGCUCGGCCAUUACCAUGGUUGAUCCGAACUGUGAUUGUGUCGAGUGGGAAAUUGAAGGAACACUAGAGAGUAUUUUCCAGAAAUCCCAUAGGCCUAGAUAUUUUAGCGACCAAAAGUUGGCAUGCGAAUGCGUACAUAUCUCCCUGGCUUCCUUUUCGCCUCCUUGUUUUAUUUUAUUUUUAUUUUUUUUUUUGUUCUUAUGGUUGAGCAGGAGUGUAUUUCACUGCAAUUUUUCUUUCACAGUCAUCUUAGGAUAAAGGCUUUAUGAAUUGUGAUAGUAGUG